GGAAGGUCAAUGAUAUCAUCUGUCUGGAGUCAAACCUCUGUGCUUCUCCGAGAGUGCCGUUCAACAUGAGUGGGUGCCCAUUCUUAGGAAACAAUUUUGGAUAUAAUUUUAAAAAGCUAUUUCUAGAAGGUAGUGAAGAAGACAAAUCACAAAUUGGUGUGAAUAGAGCCAGCAGAGGAGGACUUAUCUACGGGAACUAUCUGCAAUUGGAAAAAGUUUUGAAUGCACAAGAACUUCAAAGUGAAAUAAAAGGAAAUAAAAUCCAUGAUGAACAUCUUUUUAUCAUCACUCAUCAAGCUUAUGAACUCUGGUUUAAGCAGAUCCUCUGGGAAUUGGAUUCUGUUCGAGAGAUCUUUCAGAAUGGCCACGUCAGGGACGAAAGGAAUAUGCUUAAGGUGGUUAGUCGGAUGCACCGAGUGACAGUGAUCCUUAAACUGUUGGUGCAGCAGUUUUCCGUUCUAGACACGAUGACAGCCUUGGACUUCAAUGACUUCAGAGAAUACUUAUAUCCAGCGUCAGGCUUCCAGAGUCUGCAGUUCCGACUGUUAGAAAACAAAAUAGGUGUUCUUCAGAGUCUGAGAGUCCCUUACAACAGAAGACAUUAUCGUGAUAACUUCAAAGGAGAAGAAAAUGAACUGCUACUUAAGUCUGAGCAGGAAAAUACACUUCUGCAGCUAGUGGAGGCAUGGCUGGAAAGAACACCAGGUUUAGAGCCACAUGGAUUUAACUUCUGGGGAAAGUUGGAAAAAAGCAUCAUCAAAGGCCUGGAGGAAGAAUUCAUAAGGAUUCAGGCUAAGGAAGAGUCAGAAGAAAAAGAGGAAUUAAUGGCUGAAUUUCAGAAACACAAAGAGGUGCUACUGUCCUUAUUUGAUGAGAAGCGUCAUGAACAUCUCCUUAGUAAAGGUGAAAGACGACUGUCAUACAGAGCACUUCAGGGAGCACUGAUGAUAUAUUUUUACAGGGAAGAGCCUAGAUUCCAGGUCCCUUUCCAGUUGCUGACUUCUCUUAUGGACAUAGACACACUCAUGACCAAAUGGAGAUAUAACCAUGUGUGCAUGGUGCACAGAAUGCUGGGCAGCAAGGCUGGCACUGGUGGUUCCUCCGGCUAUCAGUACCUGCGCUCAACCGUGAGUGAUAGGUACAAGGUAUUUGUGGAUUUAUUUAACCUUUCCACAUAUAUGGUUCCCCGACACUGGAUCCCGAAGAUGAACCCGAUCAUUCAUAAAUUCCUUUACAUGGCUGAAUACGUUGACAGCUCGUACUUCAGCAGUGAUGACUCAGAUUAAAAUCACCUACAAAAUCUAUGAAGAAUAUUGAUUUCUCAGUCUGUAUUUUUUAUUUUCUAUGUACGUUCAUGAAUACACACAGUCUUAACUUAGUAUAUGUAUAUACAGAGUUUAGCACCAUGGUGUUAUGAUUCAAUGCUGGAAACAAUUUGAUUACCUCAUAUUAGUGAUGAUAUAAGAUUAAGCAUUCAGAUGAAACAUAAUUCAGUUAAAUUGUAACAUUGUACAUAAGGUGUUUUCCUAUUAAAAAUUCAAUGUCCUCUGCUACUUCUCUUAAUGUAACCACUUAAUAUAAUCAUCUCAUUGUUUCAUAAGUUUGUAAACUUCAACUAUUUCAAAUAUUUUAUGCAAUAAAAUGUAUCAUUCCGUGCAAAGACUUAUUCAAACAAAAUUUUUCAAAUAAUAAAUAUUAAUCUUU